AUGGCGACGGACGGCAAGCUCGACACGAAGGAUACCGUCAAACCCCCAGAGUCCCCCUCCCUGCAUGGGGUCACCCACCAUGCGGAGGCGGUCUUUGGCAAGGACACCUACGGCCCUCCGGGCAUCCGGGGUCUGUUCCACAACCCUUUUGUCUUUCUCUGUGCGGCGUGUGCCACUCUGGGUGGUAUGCUCUUCGGCUAUGACCAGGGUGUCGUCUCCGUCAUCCUCGUCAUGCCGCAGUUUCUGGAGAAGUUCCCCCGCGUGUCCGAAACUGCGGCCGGCGCCGGGUUCUGGAAGGGUCUCAUGACCGCAAUGAUCGAGCUGGGAGCCUUGUUGGGAGCUCUGAACCAGGGCUGGAUCGCCGAUAAGAUCUCCCGUCGCUACUCGAUCGUCGUGGCCGUGGUGGUCUUCACCAUCGGCUCCACCCUGCAGACGGCCGCUGUGGACUAUGCGAUGUUGACGGUGGCCCGGUUGAUCGGUGGCAUGGGCAUUGGCAUGCUCAGUAUGGUCGCUCCUCUGUACAUCAGCGAAGUCAGCCCGCCUGAGGUGCGUGGAACGCUGCUGGUGAUGGAGGAGUUCUGUAUCGUGCUGGGCAUCAUCAUUGCCUACUGGAUCACGUACGGAACUCGCUUUAUGGCCGGCGAGUGGUCGUGGCGACUGCCCUUCCUGCUCCAGAUGAUCCCUGGCUUCGUCCUGAUUGCAGGCGUCACGGUGCUGCCAUUCUCCCCCCGAUGGCUCACCUUCAAGGGCCGCAAGGAGGAAGCUCUGGAGAGCCUGACGAGACUGCGCCGACUGCCAGCGACCGACAAGCGAGUCCGUCAGGAGUUUCUGGAUAUCCAGGCUGAGGUGCGCUUCCACAAGGAAAUCCGAGCGGAGAGACACCCGAACCUGCAGGAUGGGAGCAGGAAGAGCGAGAUUCUUCUGGAGAUUGUGUCCUGGACCGACUGCUUCAAGCGCGGUUGCUGGCGCAGGACUCACAUCGGCAUUAUGAUCAUGUUCUUCCAGCAGUUCGUCGGUAUCAAUGCGCUCAUCUACUACUCCCCGACGCUGUUUGAGACCAUGGGUCUCGACUACGACAUGCAGCUGGUCAUGUCCGGCAUUCUGAACGUCACCCAGCUCGUCGGUGUCGCAAGCAGCAUCUGGACGAUGGACAAGGUCGGACGCCGUCCGCUGCUGCUCAUCGGAUCGGUUCUGAUGUGCAUUUCCCACAUCAUCAUUGCCGUCCUGGUCGGGCUCUUUGACAAGGACUGGCCUGCGCACCGCGCCCAGGGCUGGACGAGUGUGGCGUUCCUGUUCUUCUACAUGCUCAGCUUUGGAGCUUCCUGGGGUCCUGUGCCUUGGGCGAUGCCAUCAGAGAUUUUCCCGUCCUCGCUGCGCGCCAAAGGUGUGGCCCUGUCGACCUGCUCGAACUGGCUCAACAACUUCAUCAUUGGUCUCAUCACUCCUCCGCUGGUGCAGAAUACCGGUUUCGGCGCUUACACGUUCUUCGCAGUCUUCUGUCUGCUGUCCGGAAUCUGGACGUACUGGUUCGUCCCCGAGACCAAGGGGCGGACGCUGGAGCAGAUGGACCACCUGUUCAGGGACAACACGAGCGAGUUCGAGGAGCAGCGCAGAAAGGCCAUCGAGGCCGAGCUGCUGCAACAAGAGGCUCAAGCCGCUGCGCAGGUUUGA